ACUUGAGCCAUAAUGCUCUCGCCAUAUAACAAGAAGAAGAAAUGUUUUAGCCCUAAAAAUUGCUUUUAUUUAUGUGUGUUUCUGUCAGCAGUUACACGAAGCUUCGGUGUUGAAGUCAGAAACAGACGAAGCGGCCGUUUCCUGCAGGAUUGUACACGGAUCAUUAGAUGAAGUUUUUCGACACAUCUCCCACUCUGAGAAGCAAGAAGAGCAUCCGUGUGAAUCUUUAACAACACACAAACUCCGAUGAAAACGAGUUUGAUGGAUAUUUGAUGUGAUCUGGAUGUGUUGUUAGUGUGGAUGACUGAAGAUCAUCUUGAAUCUUUGGCUUCUGUAUGGGAUCAUGCAGACUGUUCUUUGGUUAAUUAUCGUUUCGUUCACGUUGAACUCUUGUAUGAGCCACAGUUUGUUCACAUGUGAGCCAGUGCGUGUGCAGUGGUGUCAUGGCAUGUCAUACAACAGGACAUUUUUCCCCAACAUGCUUGAUCAUUAUGACCAGGACAUUGCAGCCACCAACAUGAAGCACUUCAUGCCAUUGGUUAACCUGCGCUGUUCUCCUGACGUUCAUCUGUUCCUGUGUCAAGCGUUUGUUCCUGAGUGCACUGAGGACACGCGUGUGCUGCAUCCGUGCAGAGAGCUGUGUGAGCGUGUCAUGUCUGACUGCAGUAGAGAUAUGCACACGUUUGGCAUCAGCUGGCCUUCAGAACUGCAGUGUGAUGGUUUGGAAUCAUGCCAUGUUUCUCCUGCUGGUUCUGCUGUUUCGCCAGUUGAAGAUGUGACCACACCCAGAAGCUCUCUGUCAGCCAACCGGGAUCUGGGAUUCUGGUGUCCUCUUCAAUUGAAAACUCGCCCCGGUCAGGGCGGCUCAUUUCUCGGGGCACAGGACUGUGCGCCUCCGUGUGACAACAUGUACCUGAAAGCACAUGAAGUUCGCUUUGCCAAGACCUUCAUUGGCAUUUGUUCUGUUGUGUGCUUGUGCGCCACUCUCUUCACCUUUUUAACUUUCCUCAUUGAUGUGAAGAGGUUCCGCUACCCAGAGCGGCCCAUCAUCUUUUACGCUGUGUGCUACAGUUUCGUCUCUUUCAUUUAUUUUGUGGGUUUUCUGCUGGGUAACGAGGCGGCCUGCAUCAAAAGCAGCGUGCCAGGCCGCUCGUCCACGGUGGUGCUGGGCGCUCAGAACCGUGCCUGCUCGCUGCUCUUCAUGCUGUUGUAUUUCUUCUCCACUGCCGGGAUGGUCUGGUGGGUCAUUCUGACCAUCACUUGGUUUCUGGCUGCUGGGCCCAAGUGGAGCUGUGAAGCCAUCGAGAAAAAGGCUGUGUGGUUCCACACGGUGGCCUGGGGUCUUCCCGGAGCACUCACGGUCACUCUGCUGGCGCUGAACAAAGUGGAGGGAGACGGUAUCAGCGGCGUGUGUUUCGUGGGUCUCUAUGACCUGCCGGCAUUGCGCUGGUUCGUUGUGGCUCCUCUGGCCGUGGCUGUGCUGGCCGGCCUCUCGCUGCUGCUGGCCGGGAUAGUGUCUCUGAACCACGUGCGUCAGGUGAUCCAACACGACGAACGAAACCAGGAGAAGCUGAAGAAGUUCAUGAUUCGCAUCGGAGUUUUCAGCGGUCUCUAUCUUCUCCCUCUGCUGACGCUGUUGGGGUGUUACCUGUACGAACAGGCCCGCCGCGGCUCCUGGGAGAACACCUGGAUCAACGAGCGCUGUCAGGAAUAUGGCAUUCCCUGCUCCUACAGCAGGACUGAUGCAGACCGCCCCGAGCUCUUGCUGUUUCUCAUGAAGUAUCUCAUGACACUGGUAGUGGGAAUAUCGACAGUGUUUUGGGUGAGCAGUAAGAAAACCUGCACAGAGUGGGCAUCGUUCUUCAGUAGAAGUCGCAAAAAAGACCCCAUCAGCGAGAGUCGCCGUGUUCUGCAGGAGUCCUGCGAGUUUUUUCUCAAACACAACAGCCGCGUCCAGCACAAAUCGAAGCACUACAAGUCGACUUCGCAUAAACUUAAGGUCAUCUCCAAAUCUAUGGGCACUAGCACAGGUGUUCAAACUCCGGUGGUCAGCAACCAUGAGAACACCGCUCUGAGCCAAAACCUCUCAGAUCGGCAUCGAUCCUCGGAGACUUCCACUCGAGAUCGGGCCGAGUCGACGCCGGCCGAGAGAUGCAGUUCCAGUCGCAUCAGCAGCCGCACCGAGAGUCUCCGCAGGAUCCCAGUAAAAGACACAUUGGAAACUGGCCGCAGUGGGACAAACUCCCAAUCAAAUCUCCGAGUGGCCGUGACAUCAGAAUGAAGAGCUUCCGCCGCCGCCGCCUUCCUCUCGUUCAGCAUCUGUGUAUUCAGCACUGGAAGAAUCAUUGAAAUUGAUGUUUGUGUGUUCAUGUGAUGAUAAAAUACCCGUAGACUUUCAGUUUCAUGAGGACAUCAAUUUAUCUGCAUUUCUGGAGUAGCAGGUAAAGAAUUGCACAUUAGCGGGUUAGUCCUUACACUGGCUUCUAAUCUUAAUCAAAGAAAAUAUCCACUGGUUAAGAUUUAUGCUUUUUAUAUGUAUAUAAUUCUUAAACUUGCGUAAACAAGUUGAAAAAGUAAUUAUACAAAGGCACUUUCACUGUGCUCCAUUAUGGAUUUGAUAUGUUAUGCAUGUCAUUUUGCAAAUGAGUGACAAAGAAUGUUUGGUCUCAUACUCAGAAUGUCACUGCGUUGUGAGUUGUAAUUAAAAAGGACUUUUGAAUAGAAGUGAAUGUAAAAGAUUAUGAAGCAAAUUCCUGGACAGGUAUUAGGUUGAGCCAGGACUAGACUCAGUUUAAUUAGAGCAUUUGAGCAGGGAUGUGAUUUUUCCAUCCUCACUGGGAUUACCCUCGUAAAUUGCAUUAAUGAGAUUUUUUUAUUUAUUUGUGAAGGGUAAGGGAUGUGUGUGUAGUCAUCCAGCUGGAUCCUUUCAAUAUGUAAUUAUGGCAAAUAGUUUUUUAAUGAUAUAACGAUUAACAUUAGACUUUUGUUUUUUGGGGGGCAGGGGGGUUUGGGGCAAACAUGCGUUCAGUUUUCCUUCCUUUUAUCCAUGUCUGAUAUCAUGCCUGUUUAAGUAGUUAUAACAAACAUGCCUUACAAAAGAAAAAACAUUACUUGUGUGCAUUUUGAGAGAACACGAAGGCACUGAUGUAUUUUUAAGUAUGUCAAUGCCAGUCAGUUUAUACAGCUCUUACAUUUAUUCUUUAUUCGAGUCUAAAACAAGUCUAAUCCCUGUCUGGGACACCACCACCAAAUGUAACAUUCUCUUUGCAUUUGGAAGAUAAUUUCUCAGUUAGAGUUUAACUAUUGUUGUAAUGAUGCACAUUUAUAUUGUGUUCUGAAUCCUGCAGGUCAAGUACUGCUGUAAAUGUUUGAUGUAUGGGACAGUUUUUCAACUUCUGUGUACGACACAGCAAGUAUUGCUUUCUGUACCUCACAGUAUAUUAUAUACUUCUGUAGUGCACAUUUUUAUUUUGAGCAGAAUAAAAAUCCAAAGGAGA